UUCUUUCCCCUAUAUUUACGUUCUCGUGUUUAUGAUAAAGGACAGUAAGAUGGCACAGGCUGCGUCAAAAUCGUGUGAAAUAUGUGUCAGUGGUCCUGGUAGACACUUCUGUCAACAAUGUGAUCAAUUAUUUUGUGAUGGUUGUAAAACUUCCCAUUUGCGCACAAAGAUAAGUAAAACCCAUUCAUUCAUCGGUGCAUCAAAUCUUAUUCUGGAGGAUAAAUCGUUCUGUUCAGAACAUGACGAACCUUUCAUAUAUCACUGUUUAGAUUGCAACACGGCUGUAUGUCAAGUAUGUGCUGUUAAAAAGCACAAUAGACAUAACAUGUCAGAAAUAAAGGAAUCGGCUCUGCAACUCAAGGAACAACUCAUUAAAUGCAUUUACUCAAAGGUUCAAACUAUAGGAAACGACAUACAGCAGCUUGAACAGGGAACCAGGGGAUAUCGGUCAGACGUUAAAAUUGUUAUCCAGUCAAUUACAGAGGAUGUCAACAACAAGAAACUUUUGAUUGAUCGAAAAGCAGAAGAACUGAUAAAAACAUUGAAGGCACAAGAAGAAAGGAAUCUUCAAAACUUGUCAGCAUCCAACACUGAAUUAAAAGUUGCUUUAACUAAAGUCAACACAAUCCAGAGAGCAAUUAGAGAAACAGCUAACAUGUCCGAGGUUGAACUGCUUCCAAAGCUAAAAAAUCUGCAAAAUGAAGUAGACAAAAUAGGGACAAACAAGGUUCCAGAUAUACCGAAGGUCAAAUACACCCAAAAGAAUAUAUCGGAGACCGCUAUUGAGAACUUGCUUGGGGAGUUGUCAUACAGAGAAGAGACAAAACCCUCUGACGGUGGCGGGGAUAGAAAUUAACAAUCAUCGGAAUUCAAGUAAAGAUGAUACAUAAUGACACGUGGCGACAGUUCACAAACAAAGGUAUCUGAAAAAAAAAUUCAAAGAAGUAUAUGUGGAUGAAAAAUGUGACUGACUUUCAUUUAAUAUGUUUUUUCUCUUUGUAUUUGUUUGCUUAUUUGUGGUAAUUAUUGCUAAGAAGGCUACAGUGAUAUAUAAUAUUCAUAGAAUAUCUAGCUGAGAGGAUAAAACAAUUCGCCUUUUCAGAAUCUAAUGCAUUCUAGGUAAUAUUUUCAAAAGCGUACAUGAAAACGUUAUGAUUGGCUUAAAACGUGAUCAACAAUAGAAAUUCAAUUAAAUAACGUUAUUUUCAUUUUGGUGUACGAACAAUGAGAUUACCCAUAGUCUUUUACAUUCUGAAAAGGCGAAUUGUAAUUGUAUUUGAAAUGUUUGAGAAAAUUAUUAUUCAUUAUGUUUAGAUUGGUAUUGUGUUUCAUGGUUGCGAUCUGAACUGC